UUUGUUUUUGCAAUUGAAGGGACAAUAAUUGACUGUCCUUUGUAUAUUAAAAAUACUUGGUUGAAGCUGGCGGAGGAAAUCGAUUUUCUUGGAAUAUUUUCAAUUUAGAGUAUAUACAUACGAAAAGUUCUUCGGACUUCCGUAAAGCCUUCGAAAAAGCUGAGAUGGACGCAUUGAGAGAUGAGGUGGAGUCUUUGGAAGCUAUAUUAAUGGAUGAUGUUCAAAUAACUAGAAAUCCAGAAAGUGAUGCGCCUGAACUUAUAGAAACUACAGUGUUUCCUCAAGUAGGUGAUGAGGUCGAACAAUAUGUAUGUGUGACUCUGCAAGUUAUUCCCACAGUCGACUAUCCAGAAACAAGCCCUGAAUAUAAGCUACUGCGUCCACGUGGCUUGGAUGAUGCGCGUUUGGAGGCUAUUAAACGAGCAUGCAACGAGAAAUUGAGGGAGUCCAUAGGUUUCCCCGUUGUGUUUGAUCUAAUUGAGGUGGUGCGAGAACAUUUAACGGGAAGCAAUUUACCGAGCGGCCAGUGUGUUGUUUGUUUAUAUGGUUUUAGUGAUGGUGACGAAUUUACACGUACAGAAUGUUUUCAUUAUUUGCAUAGUUAUUGUUUGGGCCGACAUCUAAAUGCUUUACGUCGAACUUAUAAAGAAGAAUAUGAUAAGCUACCAAGUUGGCUUCAAAAAACCUCUGAUCCAUUUCAAGCGCUAUGUCCUGUUUGUCGCGAGCCUAUCAAAGAUCAGGAAGAUAGUUUGCGUUGUGCCAUGCCGCCAUCUGAGCUUCAAAAUGCGCCUGAAUUUAAAUUAACACGAGAACUAAGAGAUCUUCAGCAGCGUAUGUCUGCACUAUUUCUUAAGCAGAAGAAACGUGGGGGUAUAAUAGAUGUGGACGCAGAAAGUGGAACUGUUAUUUCGAUUGAAAGUGAGGAGGAGAUGAGAUUGCGUUUACAACGUAGGCCCAAUUAUAACGGCAGUAGGAGAGCGGAAAACACGAUUACUGAAUGUAACUUAUUAGAAACAGAAGGAAGUAGUGGAAGUAAUGGGAGUCAGAACGCGGGAACUUCGUUAUCUCUGGUUCAAAAAGAUCCUACUUGUUCUAAAUCGUCAGGCAGCGCACACUUUGCCCCAAUAGUGCAACAGACGCAUAGAGUAAGUGCUGAUCCAACGAACAACAAUUUCGAACAUCAUCAUCAUAAUCGUCGUCACUUUCGUGGUGGAAGACGCCAUCAACAACAUCAUCAUCACCAUCGAGGCGAGCGUGAGCGAGAGCGGGAGCGUGACCGUGGAAACGCGAUCGCCAGCAACAGUGGAAGCAGUAGCGGAGGGACGAGUGCCAAUGCGUCGACAUCCAUAGGCGGUAAACAGACGAAGGCCCAUGUAGCCAAUAGCAUGCAUGGCAGGUGACGAUUGGUACGAGUUAAAGCACUGCCUUAUAUCAGGCACACGAAUAGUAGCAGUCUAAAUUCUUAUAAAAGAUGCAUCGGUUAUAUCCAACACAUGUUACGGGCUAUUGCAUUGAGAAAUAUGCUAUCCGCUUUGCCGUGGUAUGAAGCUGACAUUUAGUGUGUAACCUUUGUAAUUAUUUGGUAUUCAAGUGAUUUUAAGUUUAUUUUUGUUAUAAAAGUCCACUUCGUUUACCGCAUUAUGUAAAGUGACAACAACAUACUCCUGUGAUGGAACAGAACCAAGUACCUUGUUAUUUGUAAAGUGGAGAUAAUUAAGAUUUUGUGUAACUAAUUUCUGUUUUUUUUUAUACAUUUAUUUUUCGUACCUUGUUGUAUUGCAAUUUUACUUUUUUGUUACUUGGUUCUAUUCUAUCAAAGGAGUAUAGCAAAUGACAAAUCGCACAAGAUUACCGUUGCUGUUUCACCAUAAAAAUGUUUGUUAAGCUGGCAGGCAUGACCUCAAAAGCUCUUGGUCGCUUUUGAAUAGCGAAUCGAAUACGACUGUAAUUUAGUGUUACGAGGAUUAUGAAAAUACGCACAUUCAUAUUAAAUUCAAUAUAAAUUAAAACAUUAUAAGUGCGAUAAUAUAAAAUUCGGUGAAAAUAUGAUCCUUUAGACAAUCCUUUCCCGAUCUGUAAAUUCAGAAAACGGUUUUCACGUAAUCUGGAACCAGGAAUGUGUUUUUGAAUUGUUUAUGCAUAUAAUUUCUAAUUAGCAGUGGCAGAUCAUUUUUAAAACAAACAAUAAGAAAAUUGUGUUACAUAAGCAUAAAUAUGUAUGUAAAAA